AUGGCAGAGUCUUCACGACGUUCUUCGUCCAGUCUUGAACAUAAGGAACCUAGUACACCUGUAAUGACGUCAGAAGGUGAUGGUCAAAUGCCAUUAAAGAGGCGUGGCAAGAGAAUGAAAGUGGACGAAGAAGAGAGAGAGGAGGAAGAGGAGGAGUUUGUGCAAACUGAGAAGCAGACGUCAUAUGAGGAUGACAUGGAACCUUACGAGAAACUCCUCUCUCCAGUAGCAAAGAAGCAAAGAUGUCUUCCACCACCUCGACAACACACUGGUUAUUAUUCAUUGCGUCGCUCCUCAACACUAUCCACUACUACUAGUACUGAACUUACUGAAGUUGAGAAAAGGGAGACACAAGAAGAACAAAAUGAAACUAAAGAAGAUGAUAAAGAAGAAGAGGGAGAAGAUGAAGAGGAUGAAGAAGAAGACGAGGAAGAGGAAGAUGAGGAGGAAGAGGAAGAAGAGGAGGAGGAGCUAGAAGGUGAGGAAAGAGGUUUCUAUAAUUUGAGGAAGCGACGUCCUGUUGUCUACACAUAUCAACCUGUUAUUCAGGGCUCUAGUACUUCCAGUAGCGGAGAGGACUCAGAUGAAGCUCGUUUUCAAAGACGCAAAACUCGUAGUAUGCAACGAUCACGUACAGAAUGUCUACCAAUGAACUUUACACCUGAAGAUAUAUCAACAGGUGUUACUAGAGAUAGAGUUCGUAUUGGUGCUAGUUUAGCAGAUAUAAAUCCUAUGACUGUUGAUAGAAGUAUUACCUUUGAGAGCAUUGGAGGACUGGGACAACAUAUUAGAGCUUUGAAGGAAAUGAUUGUCUUCCCUUUGUUGUAUCCUGAAGUGUUUGAGAAGUUUCAUAUCACACCUCCUCGUGGUGUGUUAUUUCAUGGACCUCCUGGUUGUGGUAAAACAUUAGUAGCUCGUGCACUAGCUAAUGAAUGUUCUAAAGAUGGACGUAAGGUGGCGUUCUUUAUGAGGAAAGGAGCAGACUGCCUUAGUAAGUGGGUAGGAGAGAGUGAGAGGCAACUGCGUCUCCUCUUUGAUCAGGCUUAUCAGUUACGCCCCUCAAUUAUUUUCUUUGAUGAAAUAGAUGGGUUAGCUCCAGUACGUUCUAGUCGUCAAGACCAAAUCCAUUCAUCUAUCGUCUCAACUCUCCUUGCUCUAAUGGAUGGUUUAGAUAGCCGAGGAGAGGUUGUGGUCAUAGGAGCUACUAACAGAAUUGAUGCUAUUGAUCCUGCACUAAGGAGACCUGGUCGAUUUGAUCGUGAAUUUAGUUUUCCCCUGCCUUCAAGAGAGGACCGUUGCAGUAUAUUAUCCAUUCACACUAGUUCUUGGAACCCUCCAUUAAAACAAGAGUUUCUUCAAGAGCUAGCAGACCUCACUGUGGGAUAUUGUGGUGCUGACCUCAAAGCUCUCUGCACAGAAGCAGCUCUUCACUCCUUACGUCGACAUUAUCCUCAAAUUUAUAACACAACAGACAAGCUGGUUAUUGAUGUUUCCACUAUUAAUAUCUCUGCAUCAGAUUUUCAUGCUAGCUUACGAACUAUCGUCCCUACAACGCAACGUAUGGGUCAUUCAGACCACAUAGCUCCAGCCAUACUUAAUAUUUUAGAAGAAUUUCCAGUAAAAUUACUUGAUUUUUCUGCUCUCUACCUCAACUCUGCCCGUACUCCUGAAGAAGCCUGCAUUCAAUUGUUUCGUGAAGCCCGUCAAGCCACACCCUCAAUUGUCUAUAUACCGAGGAUUAUGUCAUGGUGGGAGGUUGCCAUGGAGACGUUACGAGGAACUUUUACUUCUGUUUUGAACUCUUUACCUCCUGAUUUGCCAUUGUUAGUGUUAGCUACUACUACAGAAUAUGCUACAGAGGCUCAACACAAGCCCCUCCCCAAAGCUCCGCCUCCUCCCCCUCGAGAACUCACUCAAGAUGAGAAUGAUCGUCUUUGUCGCCAAAGAGAAGCAGUACUUCGUGAGCUUCGAGUUUUUUUACGUGACGCUACAAAUAAAUUGUUAGCUGAAAGAAAAUUUAAAGAAUUUACAAAACCUGUUGAUUCUGAGGAAGUCCCUGAUUAUUAUGAAAUAAUUGUUAAUCCUAUGGAUUUGUCCUCAGUAAUGAAGAAGAUUGAUGAACACUCUUAUAAUACUCCCAAACAAUGGCUACAAGAUAUUGACUUAAUUACUAUGAAUGCUUUAGAAUAUAAUCCUGAGAAUCAUACAGAUAGUCGUUUACUUAGACACAGAGCUGUGGCAUUGCAAGAUCUUGCUCACUCCAUUUUUGAUCACGAACUCAGCGAAGACUUUGAAAAGGUUAAAUUUUCAUAUAUAAUGAUGUCUACAUAA